ACGGAUUUAACAUGAGGAUCGUAUCUUGGGGAUGUGUUUUCUACUCUGUUGUAUUUAGUUUUGUGGUCAUAUUUUUGGAUAUAAGGACAGAUGCAACACUGGAAGGCUCCUCUAUGGGUUACCUGAGUCUGCCUUACAGUCAGGGGUCUGCUGUGUUUCCAGGUGUCGCUCGUGUAUCUGAUCUAAAGGAAUCUCAUGGGAGCCAUGCAGCUGGCUCUCGGCGGAAAAGGAACAUCCUUUUCCCAAGUGGAGUCAGGCUUUGUGCGCAAGAGACCGUCCAGCAGGUGGUUGCAAACCAUCUGAGCUACUUUCAUCUCAGAGUGUGCCAGGAGACCAUAUGGGAGGCUUUCAAGAUCUUCUGGGACCGCCUCCCAGAGCAAGAAGAGUACCAGAGCUGGAUGAACAAAUGCCAGGAAGGCAUCACAGCACAAGACAUUGGCAGCUACUUCAGCCAAUCAGAGGAGCAUGAUGCUCUGGUUAAAAAGAGAAUGUCGCGGCCUGUUGGUGUGAAAAGUGAGCCCACCAGGUCCUGGCAACAUAUGUGCAGCACCCCGACUCCGGACACACCUGAGGCUGUCGAGGCUCCUGAGCUAGAGGACACAGCUAAAGAAGAGGAGGUGGAGGAAGCAGCUGUCACACAGGUGGAGGAGAGUCAGCUGGACAAUGACAUUGCCAUGGAGCCUCCCACCCCCGCUGUGCUGGAGCAGGUGGUGGAGCUCAGUAUCCUCCUGACCGGAGAGAUGUACAGUGACAGCCUGGCCGAUCCAGCCAGCCUCCAGUACCAAACACUCAGCAGACAGCUUGCCGAAAAGAUAGAGGAUGCUCUGGAGGGGCUUCCUGGAUUCAAGAGUGUGUCUGUGAUGGACUUCAGGCCCCAGAAGGACACCCAAGGGCUGGACGGCGUGGUGGUGGACUAUGCUGUCACAGUGGUGGUGAACGGAGCAGGAGUGAGCAAUGAACAACUGGACUAUCUGACCCUGCAGCUGAACCGGGUGGAGAACUCCUACCGUGAGGUCAUGGAGCGGCCUACGGUGGUGUACACCAUCAGUGAGGUCAAAGACUACGUGACUGAAGCCCUGCAUAACGCCGAGCUGGAGGCUGUGUCUGAGGUCCCUGAGCCUGUCAACGCUGCAGACGGCGCUGCGAUUGAUGCUGCCGAUGAGCCAUCAGAGGUCACGAUCCUAGAGGAGGAAUCUGAAGUUGCAGCGACAGAAGACAAUGAAGUCAUCGUUCUGGAGGAGAGCGCAGUCGUGUCUCCGGCUCCCAUCCUGAUCACCAGUGCACCCGAAGCUGGCAGCUUGGAGGAGGAGGGUCUGUUGCUGGAGGACACUAUGCAGACUCCUGCAGUGGAAACCCCUCCACCCGAGGAACUCCCAGCUGAGCUUCCUGCCCCGGAGCUGUCAGAGGAUGUCACGCUUCCUCAACCACCGGUGGAGGUCGAGGCCUCUGGGUCCGGCACAGAUGACCUGGGGGACCUGCUCCGACCGUCUACACCCACAGCAGAAGAAGAAGAAACAGGAGAAGUAGAAGAAGAAAGAGAAGAAGAAGAGGAAGUGGUGUCUCUUGAAAAGACUGGUUCAGAAGAUGGGCUGAUCACAGAAGAUGCCACUAUAAUGGCAGAUGCCAUCUCUGAGGCUGAAACAGAGGAAGCUGAGGUUGCUGCAGUGGAGGAAGAACCUACCACUCUGGAGCAGGAACCUCUGGAAGAGGUUGCCGUGAACAAGAUUCCAGAGGAGCUUGAGAUCUCCACAGUCGCAUCUGAGACUGCGGAAGAAGAGAGCCUGUCUGCUCUAGUCCCACCUCCUGAGGCUGUAGAGGUAGAGAGUGAAGCCUCUGAGCCAGAGGCGGCAGACACAGGUCUCCUUCCUGUUGAUGACGAGUCAUCGGAGAACAUAGAAGAGGAGUCCAACCUCACAGAUGUUCCACCAGCCGAUGAGGAGGUUAAUCCUGAACAGCCCGCGGAGGAUGCAUCGCCCACUCCUGAGGAAGCUGUAUUUGAAGAAGCUGGUGUGGAGGAAGCAACUGAGAUUGAGGAACAAGAGGUGAAGGGAGAGACUUUACCUGAAGCUCCGGCUGUAGAGGAGGAGGCUCCAGCAGCUCCUGAGAUCUCCACAGAGGAUCUUACAGAGGAUGAGAUCAUAGUGGUCAACCAAGAUGAGCCAGAGCCACCAGUGAUAGAAGUUCUGAGCCCUGCUAACCCGACUGCCCUGUCUCCAGAGAGGGAGUCGCCUUUCACCCGUAUCUCUGACGUUGACCCAGCCACAGAGGGGCAACUGGAUGUUAUUGUCCCUUCACUGUCUGAGAUCCAGACCACUAAUGAAGGCUUGGAUGAUUCCAGCACUGGAGACCUGGGCACUGACGUGAUCAACAUUGGUUUUGGUUUGAUUAACCACACAGAGGAGGGCAGUACUGGCUUUCCAUUUGGUGUGGCACACGGCACAGACCAGGUCAGCAUCGCCAUGCCAGUGAACCCCGGCCGGGCGCUGAUGGUGUUCUUCAGCCUGAGGGUGACCAACAUGAUCUUCUCAGAUGAUCUCUUUAACAAGAGCUCCCCAGAAUACAAGGCUUUGGAGCAACGCUUCCUAGAGCUGCUUGUGCCCUACCUGCAGUCCAACCUGAGUCACUUUGAGAACCUGGAGAUCCUGAACUUCAGGAAUGGGAGCAUCGUGGUCAACAGCAGGAUGAAAUUUGGAAAGCCUGUGCAACAAGGCGUCACCACCACUGUCUAUCUGAUCCUGGAGGACUUCUGUAACACCGCUUACCAGACUAUGAACCUGGCCAUCGAUAAAUACUCAUUGGACGUCGAGUCAGGUGACCAGGCUGACCCGUGCAAGUUCCAGGCGUGCAAUGAAUACGCAGAAUGUAAGGUGAACAAAUGGUCAGGGGAGGCGGAGUGCGUCUGUAAUGCUGGCUACUUCAGCGUGGAUGGCCUGCCCUGUCAGAGCAUCUGUGAGCUGCGGACCGACUUUUGCCUCAAUGACGGCAAGUGUGACAUCAUCCCCGGCCAAGGAGCCAUCUGCAGAUGUCGUGUCGGGGAGAACUGGUGGUACAGAGGAGAGCACUGUGAGGAGUAUGUGUCCGAGCCACUGGUGGUCGGCAUAGCGAUCGCAUCCGUAGCUGGAUUCCUACUGGUGGCCUCCGGAGUCAUCUUCUUCCUCGCCAGGACGUUACGGGAUCAGUAUGACAAGGAUGAGUCAGAGGACCCCAUACGGCGAGCAGAGAGCCUCCCGUCUCUGGAGAGGGCGACCAAGUACAACCCCAUGUAUGAGAGCGAGGCCACAACGGGCUACAGCCACUACUACCGACGCUAUCCUGAAGCUCCUGUUUACAGCAGCGCCAGCGCAGAGGCCUCCACUGACUUCAGCAGCGAGGAGAUACGACACAUCUAUGAGAACAGUGAACUGACGAAGGAGGAAAUCCAAGACAGGAUACGCAUCAUUGAGCUCUACGCUAAGGACCGGCAGUUUGCAGAUUUCGUACGGCAGCAUCAAGCUGUCUUGGAUACCCGCAGGGAGAGCUCUGCAACAUAGACAUGAAACUCUCCUGUGAACAACAAGAAACACGCUUCCAUGUUAGAAAAGUGAAGCUCCCUGUCGAGACUCUCCACUGGCUCUCCACAGCUCAGAACCUGGACUGUUACAUGGCAAGCAGCUGCUCUCAGUGUGCGUGGCUGUGUUGGCUGAAGCGUUGACUGUUCUUCCUCCUUCCUCGGUGCCUUCUCUUGACUGGGUGAGCUGACUGUGACAUCAAGGGACGUGUUUGCUGCUCGUCUACGGGACGCCUCCCUUUGGCACAAACUGGACCGCAUCCUCUUACUUGAAAUGUUGUCAGACACAUCACAAUACUGGCUACAGUAGAACUUGUGCUUAGUGAAAUUAUCAGUUUUGUUUCAUCAUAUCUAUUGUAAAAGGGAAUAAUGUAAAAAGAAAAAACUGUAAAUAUGUACAGUGUAUAGUUUUACUGUUUGGAUGUCCGCUAGUUAAAAUUUUGUUCUGACAGUUCUGUUUUAUCUGUAGAGAGCUCAAAUUGACUCUUUAGGUCUUCUCUCAGAAGCACAGCGAGCUGCUCUUUGUUAGUCAAUGGUGCUAUCUUACUUACUUACAUGAAGGGGUCUAUAGUGACUCAUUCUUACAAGUUAAAGGCGACACCAGUGGAUAAACUCUGUAUAUAUGACUAUACAUGUCAACAGUUCAACAUUUUGGGAAAUACACACAUGUCCUUGCUGGCAGAGGGGAAGACAGGAAGACUGAUGGAAUCGAACGGUUGUAAGUGGUGUCGGUAUUCACAUCUAAAUCUGUGCCAAGCAAUGUUUCCUAAAAUGUUGGACUAUUCCUUUAAGGUGGCCAAAUGUAGCGUUAGUGUAUGUAUUAUUCUGUUAAUCAAUGUAAGAGCAGCUUUUCACAAUCUGAACGUUGAAGCACACUGCUCCAAGCAGGGGAUUUUUUCUGUCUUUGUCACUCCAUCAGUCAGAAGCUUUGGUGUGUGUUUGUGGCUGGUCGACAUGAGAAAAUGAAAACAGCAGUGACGGGAGGAAGGCGGAGAGCAUGAACCCUCUAUAGCGCUGUGAUCCAGCAGUAAGUGAAAACACGUUUCAGUGGAAAAAGACUGUGGGGCAAGCAAGCGGCUCAAGGAUCGGAUCGAAUGGUCCGAUUUCAGAUGUCAUACAUAAAUGAAAUUUAAGCAAGCUGAUAAACAACACGUGACAACCUCUAGCUGUGUCUCCUGCUGAAGGAAUGUCAAGGUCACCAGCAACUCUUCAAAAAUGAUCUGCCCCUCUGAAAGCGCCUGAUGGUCUGAUCCCAGUGUUUUCUUUGGUGUUGUCCCAUUCAUUUCCUCCCUGGACUCUGCGUUGUCCCUUGAGCAAACGCUCACAGCUGCAGCAGAUUACGAUCUGUAGGUUUCAGUUUGUUGUCGGCCGAUGUGUCAGUCAGUUCUCUUGGGAGGUCAGAGUCAGGCGCAUAGAUCAUGUCCUAGCUUCUCGUUUACAUUACAUGUGUCUCGUCCUUUGCUCUUACGUUAGACGUCCACACACGGGACAGAACCCCAGUGAAGCAGACCCUUGUGACAGUGUCAUGCCUUUUGCAAUCUGCAUAUUCCAAUUUUUUUGUUUUUUGUAUGCAUGUGUUUUUGUGUCUGCGUAGAGUUUUUGUCAACGUCUGCAUCUGCCACCUGGACAAAUGGCCAAUCAUCCCUUACAGUGUUGUGUCAUGUAAAUAACAGUGUAGAUAUUAUUAACGACUGUAGGACGUAAAUCAUGUGUGUCUUGAACGUUUCAAUGUGUGGACAUACUCUUUUUAUACUGAUAACUGUUUCAUCAUUUUAACAGUGUUAUCAUACAGUGCAGCUGUGUAAAUUACUAACUGUAACAAAUCAUAACAUGUACAAAAAUAAAAUGUUUUAUAUAAAAUGCGGA